AUGGCUUCCAGCUUCUGUUCAACCUGUGAAAUAGACACUGAAACUAUUAUUGAUCAUAGGGCUGGCUAUAAUUUAUGUUCUCGAUGCGGCUCGGUUCUUGAAAUCAGCCCGUUUGAUGAAAUUCCCGACUUGCCAAUCUUCUCAGAUUCUGAUGAAAAUUACGAUGAAUUUGAAUACCCACUUUUCGAAAUCGAUAUGUCGACUUGGGGUCCGAGCUUAAACCCCAAAGAUCAAAAGAAGGUCAAGACUCCAUUGAAGAAAAGCUUGAAACUGCUUGCAGUUAUGGGGGACAGGUUAAGGUUGACGAAAGAGCUCAAAGAAAGAGCUGCUGAGAUAUACAACAUAGUCGAUGAUUAUAGAACGUGUAGAGGACGAAGCCUAAAUUCCAUUGUCGCGGCUUGCUUUUUCAUUGCUUGUAAAGAAAGCGGAUCUUCUCGGACGUUGAGCGAAAUCGCUAAGGCGGCGGACGGAGUGUCGAGGAAGAGCAUUAAUCGAACCGCCGAAUCGAUAAAGAAACAGCUGGAAGUGGAGACCUGGAAGGUGCAGCCCGGCGACCUCAUCGAACGAUUGUGUUCGAAUCUCGGACUGAGAAAUCAAGCCAUUAAAGCAGUCAAAGAAGCUGUUGAAAGAACAGAAUAUCUUGACAUAAGGAGGAGUCCAAAAACAGUUUUGGCUGCCAUUAUUUACAUGGUAAUCCAGCUUAGCCAUGACAAAGAACCAGCUCCGGUUAAAGAUAUUGCAAAGGUAAUGGAGGUUACUGAGAUUACAAUCAGGAAAUCAUUCAAGGAUAUUUCAAUUUUUGGAUCAAAGCUGAUACCUGAUUGGUAUGCUAAGGAAGAGGACAUCAAGAAAAUUCCCGUCCCUUGA